AUGUCUUCAGCUAGUACUGCGGAGGACGUUGAGAAGGCUGCUUCAGGCACUGACUAUGCGCAUCUAACCAACGAUGAAGUCAAAAGCUUCAGCUGGGAGAACAUCACUGUCACCGUCAAAGAUAGGACGUCUAAACAGCCAAUUGAUCUCCUAUCCAACGUGAGCGGCAUGAUCGAAGCCGGAGAGAUGAUGGCGUUGAUGGGUCCAAGUGGCUCCGGUAAAACGACUCUCCUCAACAUCCUCGCCCACCGAGCCGCCAUACCCAAAGCCACCAUCCAACAAACACUUCGAGUCAACGGCGCGCCAACAACCCUAUCCUCCUUCCGCAAACUAAGCAGCUACGUCGAGCAAGAAGACGCCCUAAUCGGUUCCCUCACCGUCCGCGAAACUCUCUACUUCGCUGCUCAGCUCGCCCUCCCAAGUUCCAUAUCCGCCUCCUCCCGCAAAACCCUCAUAACCUCCCUCCUCACCUCCUUCGGCCUAACCCCCCAGUCCAACACCCUAAUCGGCACCCCGAUCCGCAAAGGCGUCUCCGGCGGCCAGAAACGGCGUGUCAGCGUCGCCAGCCAACUCAUCACAAGCCCCAGAAUCCUUUUCUUGGAUGAACCGACCAGUGGCCUGGAUUCAGCGGCGAGCUACGAAGUCAUCAAGUUUGUGCGCGAUAUAGCGAAGAAGUACAAGAUUUUGGUGGUGGCGAGUAUUCAUCAGCCGUCUACGGCGACGUGGAAGUUGUUUGAUAAGUUGAUGCUGUUGAGUGGGGGGAAGGUGGUUUUUAAUGGCGGGGUUGAGGGGGUGAAGGGGUGGUUUGAGGGGUUGGGGUAUGAGAUGCCACUCUAUACGAACCCAGCCGAAUUCGUCAUCGACCUCAUCAACACGGAUUUCUCGCAUGACAGCACCACCGCCCAGCAACGCCUCACCCACCUCCACACCUCCUGGGCUACCUCCCCCGCCGCAGCCUCCCUGACCGCCAAAAUCCAUGCUGCCGCCGAAACAGCUUCAUCUACCCCCAUCACAUCCUCUCCAGCCUCCACCAAAACCCACGCCUCACCCCUCCACACCACCCUAACCUUAACCCACCGCUCCUUCCUAAAAUCCCACCGCGACAUCGUCGCCUACGGCAUCCGCAUAGCCAUGUACCUCGGCCUCGCCAUAAUGAUGGGCACAGUCUGGCUGCGUCUCUCCCCCACGCAAUCCAACAUCCAAGCCUUCACCAACGCCAUCUUCUUCGGCGGCGCCUUCAUGUCCUUCAUGGCCGUCGCCUACAUCCCCGCGUACCUCGAAGACCUCGCCAUCUACAGCAAAGAGCGCGCGAACGGGCUAUACGGUCCCACGGCGUUUAUGCUGAGUAACUUUGUCGUGGGUGUGCCGUACCUGUUCCUCAUUACCAUACUGUUCAGCAUGGUGAGUUACUGGUUAGGCAAUUUCCGGCCCGGAGCCGACGGGUUCUGGAUGUGGGUGCUGUGGUUGUUUCUGGAUUUACUCGCCGCGGAGUCUCUAGUCGUUCUCCUCUCCUCGCUCAUACCCAUCUUUGUUGUUGCGCUUGCGGCGACGGCGUUUGCGAAUGGCCUUUGGAUGUGUGUGAAUGGGUUUAUGGUGCAGCCGGAUACGCUGAAUGUGUUUUGGAGGUAUGUUUUUCAUUACAUUGAUUAUCAGGCGUAUGUCUUUAGGGGCAUGAUGGUGAAUGAGUUUGGGAAGAGGAGUUAUGAGUGUGAGAGGUUGGAGGGCGGGGGGUGUCAGUACUAG